AAAGGCAUUGGGAAAAGAAAAAAAAAAAAAAACCAUAACAGUGGAUUAACACCCAAGCCACAUCCCCCUCCCAAAGCUAAUCUCAAACAAGACACUUCCAUCGUGGCUGAAAUGCACCAUCCAUGUCAGUCCGGCUGCAGAGCUCCACCACUCGCUGCGGCUGGACAAAUAGACCACAGCCAGCUGUCAAGACCCAUUAAACUACUGUAGGUUAUAAUGGAGAAUCUUCGACGUUGGUUCUACCUGUACGAAAAGGAGAUGUUCGCCUUCGCUUGGGGGAGGAAUUCCGGAGCAUUGUGUAGCUGACUCCAAUUUACGUCCGCUUUUUUUUUUACCCUCGGGUACGAGCGUGCCGGCGUUCCCGCUGCCCCGGCGUCAACAACCCUGGUGGACGAUGAUGAAUCGACUGAACUAUCAGCAGCGCGCGGAGGGAAAAAUGGGUGGGACUGACGCAAGGAAUGGAUCAAUUUGAAUCUCUAGUGGCUGACCGGACUGCGAUCUCGUUAAGACGAAACGGCCCGAGCGUUUUCUAUCAUGUUUUACCUGCUUACUCUUUGCUGACUGUGGUUCACCUUCUGCUCUGGACCGUCAUGCAGGUCCCUGGAAGGAUUAGAAAUUGGGCGAUGAUACAGGUACCUGCAAUGAUAUGAAUUAUGUCGCAGCAGUCAGAUAUUAUGCGGUACAGUCAGGCCCAGAUCUCAAC